AUGGCGAGCUCCAAAUGGCAAGGCUCUGUAGAAACCAAUAUCAUGGCGACGCUGGAGAGCGUGUGGAAGAUAACAAAAGACUUUUACGACAUACACAAGUGGUUUCCGGGCAUGAAAUCGUGCGAAAGAGUAGAAGGAGCGCCUGAACAGGGCGUGGGCUCUGUGCGCUGUUGUAUAACAUCCUUCCUAUCCGAUGAGGAGAGCAGCGAUUUUUUCUUCAUAGAGGAGCUCAUCGCUCAGGACGAUACUAAACAUUGUUGGACUCUUCGCCUGACCGAUACAGACUUUCCGAGCUUUAGGGGUUACCAGGCUACCAUUGAAGUCUGUGAAGCAGAGGAAGAUGGCAACUGUUUGAUGAAAUGGUCAUACGAGAUGAACCCCAUCGAUGGGCGUUCAAAAGAGGAGAUUGAAGCCCUUUGGAGCUCUAUUCUCAUUGGCAAGGCCAGGAUUGUGGAACACCUCGCUUCUUCGCAGUAA